AUGCUCUGCAGAAGCCGACCUUGGACGCUCUGCCGUGCUGUCGCCUCCAUCCCCGGAAAAACCUUGGUCCCCAUUCCUUUCGCGUCGUCCUCGUCGAUGGCCCAUUACGCGUCCGGUCCUUUCGCUUCGGUCUCGUGCGCAGACAUCGAGACGCCUAAGCCUGGGUUGCCUCCUGCUUUUGACUGGCACAAAUCUGGAGGUACUCUGGCUUUCGACGACGACCUCGACGAGCUUUUACUGAGCGUUCCUGAGGAAGCUCUUGAUUCGCAGAGCUACCUCACAAGGCCGUCUUCACGUUCCUCCUCAGUCGAGGAAAUUGGUGCGGAGCUAAAAAAGCCGGGAAGACGGGCCGGGAUCGCCGAUCAAAGCGGAGAUGCUGCUGCUGCUGCUGCUGCUGCUGCUGCUAAAGGGCGCCCGAGCGCAGCUUACGCAAGAAGUGAAGAUGCCACUCUUGCCAGCAAAACGGGUCAAAAGGCCCGAAAUUUUGACGUGGUGGAGAUUAGUGACGACGAGAAGGAGAAUCUGGUUGCACGCUCGCCUUCACCCGCAUUCUUGUCGUCGCAGUUGGCAGAUAUACACGUCCCUGCCCGGCUGGCUCCUGCGCACAGGCGUGCCUCGAGCAGCACGGCAAGAGGAGAGCCAAGCAGCAAGGGCAGCAGUUCAGGUGCCAGAGGCAAGUCCACUUUCAUCCCUGGCAUCGCUUGGCUAGAGCGCCGAUGGAAUGUCGGCGAUCUGAUACGUUUUGGCGACGAGCGAAAGCACAAUAUGCAGGUCCAUAGAGGAACUAAGAAACCGAAGCUCAGCCAAUCCUAUUCGACGCAGCCUACGGUGGAGAUGAACAAGUCUUUGGCAGAGCAGACGAUUGAGCGUUUGACCUCGCCGUCUAAGAAGGACAAAACGAGGUCGCUCCGUGAGUCAGGAGCCGUCGAGAUCGAAACGGCGGUGACCACGCCGACAGUGACGGCAUCAACAAAGAUGACGGCAACGGGUUUGACGUACGCGGGCAGAUCCAGCACAUUCAGGGAAAAGAGAGCUGCAGCAUUGCGAAGGGAACGGGAGAGGCAGCAGCUGGAAAAAGAUUAUGCAACGUACUCGUACAAGAGACCGGCAGGAUUCAUCGAAUCGAUGAAAAAGGACGAGGAACAGCUCGAACGGGAGAGGCAAGAGGCGAAUCCGACUGCAGAGCCAACAAAAGCCAGAGUAGCUGUACCCACGCAUGCCUCUCCCGUUCUCAUUCUCGCAUCAACAGCGGAGGCCAUCGACGAGGCCUUGGAGCCGAUUCCGAACGGCACACCUCUCUCCUUUGACAUGGAGUGGCCGGCAGUCUUCAAGGCGGGUCAAAUGUCGAAAACGGGCUUGAUCCAAAUUGCAGCGCCCAGUCGCAUCGUUGUGUGCCAAGUCGAUCACCUCGAGAAGCUCCCUAAACAUCUCGUCAGGCUCAUUGAAGAUGGAGAGACAAUCAAGUGCGGCGUGGCGAUCAGCGGCGACUUUUCCAAGCUUCGGAGCGAUUUUGGUCAAGACGUGACGCCUCGUAAUGUCGUAGAGCUGUCAACGCUGGCCAAGCUCGCCGAGCCCGACAGAUGGGCCGGACAUGCCACGCACAUUGCCCUUCGCGACUUGACGAGGAUCUAUCUGAGGCGAAAGCUGGACAAAGACUCAAAUGUCCGAAUGAGCAACUGGGCCAUCAAGGUCCUUAGUGAGCAGCAGCUCGACUAUGCUGCAAGCGAUGUCUACGUUGGACUAGAGAUUCUUUUCAGUCUCGCUAAGCACAUCGACCAGCUCAACCGGACAACCGACAGUCCUCCAUCUACCUUCACGUCCGAAGAUGUAUCCAAAGCACUGAGGCGGUCGCGUACGGACGCCCGACCUCGAGUUGUCGAUAAGCGACCCUCCGCGUCGAGAACGCAAGAGGCAGAAGCGGCGAUCGAGAAGGAGAAAGUCGAGCCCGACGAUGUAGCGGCCGCCUCCAAAGCGGACGAGAGGGCCGAGAAAACGGCAACUUCCAGUGGAAAGGCCAAGGCGACGACGAAGAAUAUGCUGACACCUACUUCUCCAGACUCGAAGAGCGAUGAGAAGAAGUCGACGGAGCUUCUGACCUCCAAGGCGGCAGCGACAAAGAAGACGCCGUCGUAUAAAGGAGCGGUGAAGUCCAAGGAGACGAAGAGUGCGGUAACAUCCGUAGAGGCCACGAAGUCUGCGGCGAAAACACGCAAAGAAACAUCAGAUCUUCCGGCAGAGGAGACACUGGCCUCCGAAGGGAAAGUCGAUUCCGAAGAGAAGAAGACUGCGGAAGAGCACUCCGAGACGUGCAAAGAGUGGAAGUUCUCUCGAAGGCAUCGCGAGGCACUGCAGCAUUUCCGCGCUGGCCUGGACUUCGCAGCUGUGGGUGCCAAGAUGCGCACUCCACCGCUGCGGAGGCCGACAAUCGCCACCUACAUCGUCCACACGCUUCAAUUUGGAGGAGAAAGGCUCGAUGAGGAUGAAGUCAAACGCUUUUCAGAAGAGAUGAAUGUCGGGUUGGGUGUCAUCCGAUACAAGUACAGCAACUUACUCAAGAAACAGGGCGUCGACUUUGGCGAAACAUCGACUCUGGUUCCGACUCAACAUCAGACGCAUAGCAAGCUUGCAGAAAGUUGA